AAUGAGGGGAACCAGCGAGAUCAGAGUCCUAUAAGGAGUGGUAGAAAGUGGCCAGCCAGCCGUCGGUUUAACAACAUGAUAAAAGUCGGAGGAACUCGCUAAUUUGGUUCCGACAUGCUUCCCAGUGAUGAUCACAGCGUCGUUUCCGAAUGCAGGUGUGCCAUGGCUGCACGUGCUAAUAUCCAGCGGGUUCGUGAAGUCAAAUGAGGACUUGCUUCAAGAAAAAACAUCAAAGCUUUCCGGGUGAAGUGUUGAUUUGUCAUGUCUGAACAGUGUGAUGACCCGGACCUGGAAAUAGUAUUUCCGACCUUCAUUAUGAACCCCCUUUUUCAUCGGGGACAUUGUGAAGUCGGGUCUGCACUUGCCCCGACUGCAACAAAGCUGAGCUCCUCAAAGGUGCUCGUCGGAAUUGAGGGCUUCGUCGAGCGACUCCUGCAGCCAGCCGCAGCCCAGUCUGUGGCAAUGUGCGGGAGACUGAUGCAAAGAGCUUGAUUGAUUAGAUUCAUGCAGGUUUUGAGUUCUAAGGUGUCGGAGUAGUAUUAUGUGAAUUCUUCUACCUCAGCGCAGUUGGGCGCAAUGACCAUCCAUGAGACUUUGCUGCCGGCAGACCAGCUGACCAGGAACAAUGACCCUGAAGCAGAUGCACAGGUUGGAGACCAUCCACAAUUUUUUACACACGAUGGGACCGUGGACUACGAAGGCCGGCCAGCAAACAAGUCUCGCACUGGGGGGUGGAGCAUUGCACCUUACAUUUGCGCGGUCGAGGUUACGGAGAAGGUUUCUACAUCUGGAGCUCAAUUCAACUUGGUAUCCUACCUAAUCAAUGUAAAAAAACUCCCAAUACCAUAUGCUGCAAACGUGGUCACCAACUUCAUGGGGACAUCCUUCGUAUUCUCACUGCUCGGAGGAGUGUUGGCAGACGCUUACUUUGGACGCUAUUACAGCUUGAUCGGUGCAGCUCUCACACAGAUGCUCGGGCUGUUGAUGAUGGUGUUCACAGUGGUGCUGCCGUCUCUGAAUAAUCAAGAUGAAGAGUGCCCAGACCCGCUGAGCUGCAGGCCAGUGCAUGGAGGCGCUUUGGCAGCCCUGUACGUCGGACUUUACAUGAUAGCAUUGGGAAUCGGGGGAGUGAAGGCCACAGUGUCACCAUUCGGAGCAGAUCAAUUCGAAGCUGGAGACCCUGCGGAGGCGGAUCUCAUUCCCAGCUAUUUCAAUUGGUUUUACUGGGCCACCACUCUGGGCGGCUUCUUUGCAUCGACCUGUCUCAUCUACAUUCAGGACCGUGUGGGUUGGGACUGGGGGUUCGGAAUCCCUCUGGUGAUCAUGGCCGUGGCUCUGUGUCAGCUCAUUUUCAGAAGGAACUCUUACAGGUACAGGGUCCCAAAAGGCAGUCCUCUUCUGACGGUAGCCCGAGUGAUCGUGGCAGCCAUUCGGAACUACGACCUGCCACCGCUCACGGGUACCGAAGUGUCCAUGUACUACGACGAAAUGCAGAGCAAAGGAGAAGAAAGAGUUCCCUUGCACACCAACAGCAUGCGAUGGCUGGACAAGGCGGCGAAAUUCGACGGGCCGUCGGCAGACAAGCUGGGGCCGUGGCAAAGAGCGCCGAUAUCGGACGUGGAGGAUGCGAAGAUGCUGCUGCGACUGCUGCCAAUUUGGCUCUUCACAAUAUUCUACUGGACGGUGCUGGCGCAGGGCACCACCUUCGCGGUGGCGCAGAUCGGCACCUCCAACAGGCACUUGGGAGGAAGCUUCGAGGUGCCGCCGGGGAGCGUGGCGCCGUUGACCUUCAACGUAACCAUUCUCAUAGUCCUUCCUCUGUACGAGCGUUUCUUCAUCCCGUUCGCGCGCAAGCUGACGGGCAUGGCCGAGGGCAUCACGGUCCUGCAGAGAAUAGGGGUCGGGAUGGGGCUCCCCGUCAUCGCCAUGGCGCUGGCCGCGCUGGCGGAGGCGAAGCGCCUCGAGGUGGUGCGCGACCUCCACGUGGAAGACGACCCGGACGCAGUUCUUCCGUUCUCGAUGUGGUGGUUCGUGCCGCAGUUCGCCACGCUGGCCUUUGCCGAGGUGUUCGUGUACCCGGGCCAGCUGGACUUCUUCUACAACGAGGCGCCCGACAGCAUGCAGUCGCUGGGCACGGCGCUCAUGUACUGCACCAUCUCCGGGGGCUACUUCUCCAGCAGCGCCAUCGUCUCCCUGGUUAACGGCGCCACGCGCACCGCGGUCAGCGAGGGCUGGCUGCAGGCCAACAUCAACACCAGCCGGCUCGACAAAUACUACUGGCUUCUGUGCAUCAUUGCGGCCGUCAAUUUCGGGUUCUACCUUGCGGUCUCAAGAUGGCACCAGUACAAGCAAGUCCGCAAGCCGAGCUCGUGUUCCGAGUCUUCUGCUUCGUCUUCCGAUUUUGCCGUCGACGAGACCAGUAGCUGUGAGUCGUCGAGGCUUCUCCCUCCGCCGGAGCCGAGAGCAACGGGUGAAAGUCGACCCAAGCAGAGGUUCGCAUCUCACGGUCGAUGAAAAUGGGCACGAGGAGGGUUUUGUCCGGCCCCUUCCAGCUGGAGAAAUAGGUCUGAAGUUCUAGGUUCCCUGAUCCGUCGCUAUCUAUGUGCAACUCAAUUGCCACGCCUAAAAUCUGCUGGUUGCCAUGAGUCGGCAUAGAACAGCAGCAGCAGACACCAGACCCACCUGAAGCCGCUGCUACUCAGCCUGACACGUGAGAUCAGAUUCAAGAAGAGAGGAGUGAAGUUGAAGUUAGUCUUCCUGUGUAUAUUUACUGCAUGUUAUACAUUACUUCGUUGCAAAUUAUUAUGAGUUGAACGCAGAAGGAAAAUAAGAUUCUUGAUGGAUGGAUUCCGUACAGGGAGUAAAG